AUGUUAAGUAUUAUCACCCUUUUUCUUAUUUUUUUAGUUUGUAAGAGUCAAAGGGCUAAUUCAAUUAAAAAGGAUAAUAUAUUUCCAGGAGCAGAUAUUGUAAAUAAUGCAAUGAAAGAAUUUAGUGAAAUUUUAGAGUUAUUAAUUGGAAAUAGUACGAUUCCUAAAGAAUUGACUGAUAGUCAAAGUAAAUUACCAAAUAAUGAAGAGCCAAAAACAGGAAGAGAGCAUUUAAUAAAAUACUUAAAUCAAGUAUUAUUACGAGACAUAAGUGAUAAAGAAAGAGAAAAAAUAGUAGGAGAUAAAAACUAUGAUCAUUACAUUGCCAAUAUUCAUUUAAGUGCAGCAGUUGAGAUGGAAGAUCCAAUUGCACAAUUAAUUUUAGCAAAUAAAAAGAAUACUGAAAGUCAUUUAGAUGAAGAAUGUUAUGAAGUAGUAGAAUUAUAUAUAAAAGGAUUAAAUAAAUGGUUAUCAUAUGAUUCUGAAUUUCAGUUACCAAUGGGAUUUCCAUUACUUCAACCAGUAACAUAUGGAUAUGCACAUAAAAACGCAGUACCAUUUUUAAAAGAAAAACUCAAUUAUUUAACGCAAGAAAUUAAACAUAUAAUUCAGUAUGAAACAAUAAGUUCAACUGAAAUGAUUUAUUUAGGAAAGUUAUUAUAUAGAUUAGGAUAUAAAGGAAAAGAAAUUUAUGACUUAUUUAUAAAAGCAGGAGAUAUGGGAAAUAAUGAUGGUAUUGUUCUUGCUGGAAUUUUAACAGAAUUAGGAGUUGGUGUACCAAUGGAUAAAAUAAAAGCAGCAGAAAUAUAUUAUGAAACAUUAAAUAAAUCAAAAUUGGCACAUACAAGACUAGGUUUAAUGUAUCAACAAACUAAUUCUCCAAUUGGAUUUUCAUUAGAAGAAACUUUUUCUAAUUUAAAGAAAGGAGCAUCAAAUGGACAUGUUGAUGCAUUUUAUCAUUUAACAAAUUUAUAUAAUAGACCAUCAACUCCUUUUUAUAACCAAAGUCUUUCACAACUUUAUAGUAAACAAAUGUUAGUUAGUGACCAAAGUCAUGAACAAGGUUCAUAUUCAUUAGCUUUUUCAUUAUUUGAAAAUAAUUCAUCAAUCGGUUGUUCUUCUAGUAUUACUUUACUUCAUCAUAUUUUAUUUAAAUUAAAUCUUCAAUUCCAAAUUUUAAAUGAAUUAGCUGAUAGAUAUUAUAAUAAUAAUAUGUAUCAUCCUGCUUUAAUGAUUUAUCAAUUUUUAUCAGAAUUAGGUUUUGCUAAUGCUCAAUUAAAUGCUGCUUUUAUGCUUGAAGCAGGUCAAGGUUGUCAAAAUGUUUCUUAUGAACUUCGUAUGUUAAAAGCACUUCAUUUAUAUGAAACAAUUUUUAGAGGAAAGAAAAAUAAUCUUCUUUGGACUUUAUUUAUGAAAGAAAUUCCUGGUUUAAGUGGAGUUGAAGCUGGAAGAAUUGGGGAUUAUUAUUAUUAUGGUAUUGAAAAGGCUCCUGCAUUAGAUAAAGCUGUCGAGUGGUAUUUAAUCGCUACAUCAUCGAA